GAGUCACGUGACACCAAGGCGGAAGUCGGAACAUAAACAGAAUUUACGAUCAGCUGAUGAAAUAAACGUCUCGAUUUAGAUUUAUUCCCUAAUAACCGGUGCACACUGCACACCGGGAAAGGGCUGGACAUGUCCGCGAGCCACGCGAAGGACUGCAGCUUUCUGGGAGGAAGGAUCCCGCCGGAAAUCGAGUCAUUCUCCAAAAACCUGCACGAUGUGGAUCAGGAGCUGUUCAGGAAAAUACUGAAAGCUGUGGUCAGCGCCCUGGAGGGGAAGGACAGCAGGGAGGUGCUGAGGGCCAUAGCGGAGAGCAGCCCCCUCCCGCAGGACAGGCUCGCGCACAUCGUGGCCGGGAUGCACAGGAUCCUGUCCGAGGCCGUCCGCGUCCCCACCGCGUCGCUCCGGCAGGAGACUUUUAAAGAAGAUCUUCGAGAACUGAAGAUCCCUGAAGACUUCAUUUCAGAUUUUUCCAGCGUGGUUUUUGGGAGUCGCCGUGCGGCUCUGGAGGCAGCCGCCUCCCAGAGAGACCCCCGCCUCCCCAGCAUGGAGGACUUCAGAUGGAGGGUGGACGUGGCCAUUUCUACCAGCUCUUUGGCCCGGGCGCUGCAGCCUUCGGUCGUCAUGCAGAUGAAGCUGUCAGACGGGAAACUCCAUCGGUUCGAGGUGCCGGUCUCCAGGUUCCAGGACCUGAGGUACAACGUGGCGUCCAUCCUGAAGGAGAUGAACGACCUGGAGAAGAGGACCGUCCUGCGGAUUCAGGACUGAGCUUCUCCUCGUUCCCUCCGUCACGUCUGAGCGUUAAUCUGACGCUGCCGGCCUCCAACACGCCGUGACUGGGGACGGCGUUAUCCUGCAGCUCACUGACUCUAAACCCACCUCCUGCGCUCCCUGUGGUUUUUACAUUAAAUGUCUUGAUAGUAUCUUUGUACGACGUCUUGUUUUCUCAUUUUGACUGAUCCGGGUCACAUUUAUAUUAAAUGUGCUUUAAGUGUGUUAAAAGAGGAAGGAUGCUGGGAUGAGUGGACAGGAGUUCACCGGGUGAAGCUGCUUCAUGACUCAGAGCAGUUUCAUGAAGUUUUUCUGCUUCUAAUUGAAAGUCAUGUGACCUGAACAGUCUGCAGACGGGAGGCUGCGGCUCUGAUGUGUAAAAGUCAGACUGAGAUAGGAGGGAAGAUCCUCUCUGAGUGAAAUCAUCAUAGAAUAUGUUCUUCAGAUGUUUGAAUAGAAGCUUUUAUUAAAUAAAAAGAUCA